AACCGGAAAUGAGAAGGCUGUAAUCCACAGCGCUCUGUUGGGAUGCUGUCAUUGGUCUGCUGCUUCCAAGCUCUCUACGGUACCGUCCUCCCUUUUGCGUACACACAGACACAAACACACACACUAACACACAUGUACUACCACAACAUCCUCUUUACUCUCUGUGAUUCAUCCGUCCCCUUCACUGUUAAUCCAGCUGGGUUGUGCCUCUCAGCGUUGCUGUAAUUUUACAAUCUGAUGAAUUCCCAAUUGAUGGCAGGAAGGAUCCCAUCCUGAAGAAACUACUUUUUUUCCAACUUUGGAUUUGGACCCCCUUUUUUCCCCUCCUGUGCAGUGGGGGUACUGGUUUCACUGGACUCUGCAGAAUUAAAGGAUGAAGUCCCAUGCGGAUGCUGCAACCGUUCUUCUCUCCAUUGUUUGCCUCAGUCUUGUCCCUUUGUGUUCUGGAGCUGCUAUUCCAGUUGCGUGUGGAUCCAUCUACAGAGGCUUUGCUCAGUGUUUGCUCACACUUGGAGACAGUUUAGUAGAAACUCAAAAAGAUCAGAGCACACAGGACAUCGAUUCAAUCUGCAGGUCCUGGAACGCGUUUCACGUUUGUGCCAACUCAGCUCUGGCUGGCUGUCCCGGAGAGGCAGCAGCUGUCUGGGAGUCUCUGAGACAAGAGUCCAGGAAGACGCAGUUUUCUGGAAACCUCUACGACAUGUGUGCCAGCCGCACCACCCUCCCUUCCAGCACGUUGCCUGUUCCCCAGAGUCCUCCUACCUCCGAUCAGAUGAACCAGGAGACGUUGAAAGGGCAGACGGACAGGCACGGCCCUGCGGUCUUCACACUGUCGUUGCCCGUGUGCAGCAUGCUCCUGGUUCUCCUCAGGAGUUAGUCCAACCACACAAAGACACUCCCUCAGCUCAGAGACUAUCACAGCUGGAUCCCAUAUUCUUAUGUCGGUUUUAUCAAGAGAUGCUUCUUGAGCAUAUGUGAUUUUUGUCACACUGUAAUAUUCAGAGGUUGGAAUUUAGAGGUUUGUACUUUACUACAUGAUCUCAGUCUUAAUAUUUCAGGUCAAAGGAUUGAAAUAAUAAAUCUCCAAUCCAGGUGUUAACAGCUGGCCGUCUCAUUACAGUUCUCCUGAACAUAAAUGUUUAAAGUAAACAUCAAUAUUUGCCGGAUUCUUUUUAAACCACAAAUUUGCCAACACAUUAGAUAAAUACUUUAAUUAUGGAGUGAUUUGAAAAAAAAACAAAACAAAACAAA